GGCCUGGUCUCCCUCGGCAUCUGACUGCACGCCUCAGGUUCUCCGGCACCAUGGGGAAGCGGGACAAUCGAGUGGCCUAUAUGAACCCGAUAGCAAUGGCCAGAUCAAGGGGUCCAAUCCAGUCUUCAGGGCCAACGAUACAAGAUUAUCUGAAUCGACCAAGGCCCACCUGGGAAGAAGUGAAAGAGCAACUGGAAAAGAAAAAGAAGGGCUCUAAGGCAUUGGCUGAAUUUGAAGAAAAAAUGAAUGAGAACUGGAAGAAAGAACUAGAAAAACACAGGGAGAAACUAUUAAGUGGAAGUGAGAGCUCAUCAAAAAAGAGACAGAGAAAGAAAAAAGAAAAGAAGAAAUCUGGUAGGUAUUCAUCUUCUUCUUCAUCAAGCUCUGAUUCUUCCAGCAGUUCUUCAGAUUCUGAAGAUGAGGAUAAAAAACAAGGGAAAAGGAGAAAGAAAAAGAAGAACCGUUCACAUAAAUCUUCAGAAAGCUCCAUGUCAGAAACUGAAUCAGACAGUAAGGAUAGCUUUAAAAAGAAAAAGAAGUCAAAGGAUGCAACUGAGAAAGAAAAGGAUAUUAAAGGAUUCAGCAAAAAAAGAAAGCUGUAUCCUGAAGAUAAACCUUUAUCAUCUGAUUCCUUAUCAGAAUCAGAUCAUAUUGAGGAGGUACGAGCAAAAAAGAAGAAAAGCAGUGAAGAACGAGAAAAAGCAAUAGAAAAAACAAAAAAGAAAAAGAAGCAUAAGAAACACAAUAAGAAAAAGAAAAAGAAGGCUGCUAGUUCAAGUCCUGACUCGCCAUAACAUUAAGAAAAAUUAGGAUUCCCUUAAAAAGAAAGUGCAAUGUCUGAGGAAAUUUCAACUGUGAGAAUUAUAUUUACUAAAAUGCAUGAAUUUUCUUGUUUUUAAAACUAUUCCUGAACUUUCAGUAGCCACUCAGCUGCCGCUGUGUGAAAGGGCCAUAAUUGUUGCCUGCUGCUUGAACAUCUUUUUGUUCUCUUCCAGUGUUUAAUAGCUCUGGAAGGUAGUACACUGCAGUCAUAAUAGUGGUUAAGAUAUUUGGGGAUAAAGUUAAGUAUUUUUUGCUAGAAGUAUCUAAUUAUAAAUCAAUGUAAAUUGAAGCUGGAUACAUCUUUAAGAUGUAUUCAGAAAUAUUCAGAUGACUAACAUUUUAAAGUAGGGAUUACAUUGAUAUUUCAAAAUCCUUACUCUGUAGAUAAGUGUAUUUUAUUUUUUUUCCUUGUAUACAUUUAUUUACCUGGGGAAGGAGCUUUUAGGGAUGGGGAGGGUGGUUUGCUAUCUCUUUAGCUAAUGGAAUAGCGUGCCUUUGAUCCUCACAUCCUGUUUUUGUGGAUGCAGCAGCCAUGCUUCCUGGGGAGGUCAGAGCUGGAUACAAGCAGUGUUGCUCAUUACUGAGCUUAGUGACAUCCUUGGGCUCUGUCUAUGCUGCUUUGAGGGAACACCCCUUUGCAGCAUGAGAAAGCCCCAAAAGCUCUGGAAUUUACCUCCACUUUAAAAAUACUGAAUAUUUUUUAGCAUUAGAAUGUGUUAUGUCAUUUAAGUUAAUUUUGACUACACUUUGGCUUUGGAGAGUAAUCAUUUCAAAUAGACACUGGUACUUUUUGAACUUGAUAGUUAAAAGAUUCUGAAAUGCAUGUUUUAUACUGUUCAAUUUUCACCAGUUAUGUAACCAGUGAUAGUUAUUUUAUUUUUAUAUGGAUUUUGUUUAGGCUGCAAUGUUUACUUUUGUAACUCCUUACUCUUGCUAUCUUAAGUUCAUUUCUGUGUUUAAUGGCAUACUUGCUGAGCAAUUUAGCAUGUAAAAAGCAGGUUUUUGUUUUUUUUUUUUUUUUAACAGCUUCAUAUUGAAGCUGAGAUUUACCAUAAGCAAGUUGAGUGGCAAGCCUGGUAUGCUGUGUCUUGUUACAUAAAGCUAUUGCCAGAAUCUUAGUAAAUAGAAUGUUUUAAAAAUUUGUUGUCUUUGUAUAUUAAUAACAUUAUGACAAGUUAAACAAUUACAUUAUUUCUUUUCCUGUGUCAUAUUUUACUAAGAAUUUGUGCCUCAUAUCUCUUGCUGAAUUGUUUACUAGUAAUGUUAAAAGGAAUUGAUAAAUCAUUUUCACUUUACAUUUUUAUAUAGUCAGGUAACAUGAAAUAUAAUUUGAUGU